GCGAAGCAUGAAAGCGGCUUCCUGGUGGGGGCGGGGGAGGAAAUGGCCUGUUUGAAUCCUUGCAAGCAGCACCAGGAGCGAUAAUCGAUAAUCUCGCAGCGGCUGCAUGUGCAGCAGGAGGAAGCCGAGCCCUUGCUCCCCAUAGGAAGGGGGCCAGAUCCCCGAAGAGGUGAGCUCUCAAGUGGGUUGCAUGCAGCUUCCAUUUACAGUGGUACCUCGGGUUGCAGACGCUCCAGGUGACAGACUCCGCUAACCCCGCAGUAGUACCUCGGGUUAAGAACUUUGCUUCAGGGUAAGAACAGAAAUCCUGCAGAGGCAGCGGGAGGCCCCAUUAGCUAAAGUGGUGCUUCAGGUUAAGAACAGUUUCAGGUUAAGAACGGACCUCCGGAACGAAUUAAGUUCUUAACCCGAGGUACCACUGUAUUACGAUGGAGGAGUAGGGGGGCAGAGUGGUAUUCAUUGCAAUUGCAAAAAAAGAGAGGAAGGAAUUUAAUGAAUGCUUGUAGGCGCAAGCGAGGUUAAGAGCAGCUGGUGUCAGCCAGCAGUGACGUCCCCUCCCUCUUUCCACCCAGGCCAGAGCAAAAUGCUCACACAAAACCCUUCCCAUGUCAGUGAAUCCGUAACAUUACACACACACACACUGUGGUACCUCAGGUUACAGACGCUUCAGGUUACAUACGCUUCAGGUUACAGACUCUGCUAACCCAGAAAUAGUACCUCGGGUUAAGAACUUUGCUUCAGGAUGAGAACAGAAAUCGUGUGACAGCGGCAGCAGGAGGCCCCAUUAGCUAAAGUGGUGCUUCAGGUUAAGAACAGUUUCAGGUUAAGAACAGACCUCCAGAACCAAUUAAGUUUUUAACCCGAGGUACCACUGUAUAUAUAUUUAACUGCAGUUGUGUUGCGUUUCAUCGUGAACUGCAAAAGAACAUGCUGUAUAAGGAACAUGCGCCAAAUCCGGCUUUUAUUGGGCGUAUCGUUUCAAAGUGUGUGCACGUGUGUGUGUGUGUGUGUGAGCACUCCAUACCCUCCAACAUUUCUGCGAUGAAAAUUGGGAUGUCCUAAGGAAAAGCGGGAUAUUCCAGGAUCAAAUCAGCAAGCGGGGCGGCUUCUGUAAAUCCAGGACCGUCCCUGGAAAAUAGGGGCAGUUUGGAGGGUCUGGAACUUCCCCUGCAAAACUAAAACGCCGACAAAAACCAGACCCAUAUACUUGUUCCCAGGCCGUCCUUCUAGGUCGUGGGUUCUGCCAAGUUCAGUGUCAGUCUGGUUUGUCUCUACCAUUAAGUAGACAGUUUUCUGCCCUGCGAGUCACUAGCCCAUGGCCCUUUCCUGCCCUGCUCACUUUCUAUGGAGAUAAGGUAAUUUCAUAGCCAGGACUAUAGUUAACUUGGAUGCUAAACAUGGGCGUAGGCAGGAAAGCAGCCCCCGCAAUCAAGUAAAUAAAUAAAAAUACUUGAAGUAUAAAUUGUGGAAAGAUUUUGACAGGUUUUUCUGAGCACUUGUGGUCAGAAGAAAGUAAUUAAAAAAAAAAAGUUGUCCAGACACUUCAUUCCGAAUCUGAUAGUCAGAGCCAGACGGGUAGAGAAUGGUGACAGGUGGGUGUCCUGCCCCCCCCCCCAAAAAAACAUAAAUUCUGGCUAUGCCCAUGAUGCCAAACAAAAGCUGUGUGUUUAUUUUGAGACGGGGUGUGUUUGGGAUCUAGAAAUGUUCUAAGCGACGGGGGUGUUCGUUUUAUCGAUUCCAGUCAUGGUAGGUAUGCCUGUCUCCUGUAGCAAAAGACAGACAGACAGACUAACUGAUGAAACCUUAAUGACCGAACACAUUAAUUGUGGUUUAAGUUUUUGUCUGCUACUACAGUCCACUUGGGACGCGGGUGGUGCUGUGAUCUAAACCACAGAUUCCAUGACAUCUCAAGGGACGCAGAUGGCGCUGUGGGUUAAACCACAUAGCCUAGGGCUUGCCGAUCAGGAGGUUGGCGGUUCGAAUCCCUGCGACGGGGUGAGCUCCCGUUGUUCAGUCCCAGCUCCUGCCCACCUAGCUGUUCGAAAGCACGUCAAAGUGCAAGUAGAUAAAUAGGUACCGCUCUGGCGGGAAGGUAAACGGCGUUUCCGUUCGCUGCUCUGGUUCACCAGAAGCAGCUUAGUCAUGCUGGCCACAUGACCCGGAAGCUGUACCCGGAAGCUCCCUCGGCCAGUAAAGCGAGAUGAGCACCGCAACCCCAGAGUCGGCCACGACUGGACCUAAUGGUCAGGGGUCUCUUUACCUUUACAGUCCCUUUCAUCAGAUGCAUUAAGUGUUAUGAAUGACAGGUGCCGUGGAGUCUAUAUCUGUGUGUAUGUGUGUGUGUGUGUGUGUAUCUAUAUAUCCAUGGAUAGCCUUAUCCUCCAUGAAUUUAUCUAAUCCUCUUUUAAAGCCAUGCUGAGUUGCCUCCUAUGGGCCCUUCUUUCCCCUGACUACCUAUAGCACAAUGAGUGUAUGUAUGUGCAUUUCAUAUAACUUAUGCCAAUGUCGGAAUUCAAGUGUUUUGCAGUGGGAAAUUUGAGUUGCUUGGAUGCAGAUUGUUAAUAUUUUUCAUAGAAUUGUAGAGUUAGAAGGGACCCUGAGGGUCAUCUAGUCUAACCCCCUGCAAUGCAGGAAUAUGCAGCUGUCCCAUAUGGGUAUCGAACCUGCAGCCUUGGUGUUAUCAGGACUACGUUCUACCCAACUGAGCUAUCCAGGCUACUAAUGGCACAUACGUAAGAGUAGGGAUGAAGAGAAAUUAAAUUCAAUUUCUUUCAGUAUCUCACUUUCUAGUAUUUAGUUCUGUUCUCCACACUUCCACAUCAGCUUGCAAUUUAUAUUUUCAAGUCCUGGUGAAAAUCAAUUCACAUUUUACUGCUAGUUACUCCUAAUAUGCACAGUUUUGUAUGCAGUUUCUUCUAAUACAAUUCUGUUUUGUUUUCACUAAUAUACACAUUUCAACGCUCACUUCACUCUAUCCAUUUUUGUUCACAUUACAUGGCUGAAGGACUGCAUUGCAAAAAUUGGAGAAGCGUAAAUUUCAAAGGAUGGCUCUUUCGUUUUGCGUGUUUUUUUCCAGAAAAUGCCAAUUGCGUAAGAUCGCCUUCAAAUGCAAACUGAAUCAAAUUUCUCUACCAAUCCCACUGAAGAGCCUUGGCUGCAUUGCUUACAGGAAGACAGUGCAAAAGAAUAAACUUCCUGCAUUUCAUGGACUGGUUAAGAUAUUACAAAAUCCAGGAAACAGGACAGGACACUGAACCCGGUGUCAUUAAUUUGUCUUAGCCACAAGAAAGUAUGUGUGUGUGUGUUUAGUUUUAAAAGCAUCAAGCUUCAAACAAGUUCUCUUUGGCUCCCUUUUUGGAUUUGAUUAAUCACGAAAAUAAUGCCUACGUUACUGUGAUUGACAAAACAGAGUAUUUUUAAUUUACAUGGCAAAAAGUUUCACAUUUCUCCUCCGUCAGCUACCCUGCUAAAAAUAAUAAUAUUCUGUUUCCAUCAUUCCACCAUGUGGUUAUAGAGCUUUGAGCAGAAACUAGCCUACUGAACAAAAGUAAAAUGUGCAUAUAAGGCCCUAAAAAUGAAAGAAAUUUCCCACCCCAGACGUGGGAAUAUCAGUUUAGCAGGUUAAUUUUGGGGGUCUCUCUCUCUCUCUCUCUCUCUCUCUCUCUCUCUCUCUCUCCAGCCUUCUGUUUUCUGUAUGUCUUCCCUGCAGAAGCAAAACCUUGUGUGUGAUGCUGACAUCUGUAUGUCUAAACCCCCUAAAUAAUUUGUAGCACGAUCGGGAAAAGGAAAAAAAGGACCCUGGGAGAUCAGUUUGAGGAACCGGCACCGUUUGCCCAAUGCUCGCAGCAAGAGAGGGAGGUCUGUGAGCAACACCCGGUGCAGGCCGACGUUGGCACAAAGCUGGAAAGGACAAAAUGGCCGCCGAGCGGGCAGCGGCAGCCAACCUCCAGAUGGCGGGAGACCAAGUGCUGCAGAUAAAAAUGGAAGAGGAGGAUGAGGAAGAGGAAGAUGGACCGGCGAAAGGGCCUUGCGUCAUCCGGGCCGGGAGCCUGAGGGACAUUUUGGGAUGGCCAGGGCCGGAGCAGGUCAAGCAGGAGCUGGACGAAGAGGUGCCUCCGUGCUGGGAAGCCCAUGGCCAGGAGCACCUGAGACUCAUCCAGGCGCCUCAUUCGAGAUGGGGACCCCCUCAGCAGCCGGAGGAGCUCAUCCUGAGGCAACGAGGAGCAGGGAGACGGGAGCAGCAGGUAAAAAGCAGGGAGCCAGGGAUCAAACCAAAGUGCUUGCCCACCUGUGAGCAGGUCGGCUGCUUCUGCUGAUUUACAGAGCCCUGGGAGACCUAUUGUGGUUCCUGAGGUUUGGUUGCCCUUUACUAUGUAGUAUGACAGGCUGUGGCCUGUGGAACUCCCUGCUGGUAGAUGCAUAGCUGUCAACUUUUCCCUUUUCUUGCGAGGAAUCCUAUUCGGAAUAAGGGAAUUUCCCUUAAAAAAAGGGAAACGUUGACACUAUGGGUAUAUGCACAGCAGGAAUCGUUCCUGCUUUUAGACGUUGCCUGUGUCGUUCAAACAAGCCUUUGCAAUGUCUUUUUUUUAAUAAUAAUUUUUAUUAGUUUUCAGUUAUAAUCCAAUAAUAGCCUCAUUAUAACAAUACCAAAUUAUAAGUCCUACCUUGGUUUUAUUAGUUUUCAGUUAUAAUCCAUUAAUAGCCUCAUUAUAACAAUACCAAAUUGUAAGUCGUACCUUGGUUUUCAAAGAGCUUAGUUCUCAAACGUUUUAUUUCCCAAACGCCGCAAACCCAGAAGUGACUGUUCCGGUUUGUGAACUAUUUUUGGAAGCCGAACGUCCGACGGGGCUUCCACGGCUUCUGAUUUUCUGCAGGGACUUCCUGCAGCCAAUCAGAAGCCGUGCUUUGGCUUCUGAACGUUUUGGAAGUUGAACGGACUUCCGGAAUGGAUUCCGUUUGACUUCCAAGGUAUGACUGUACUAAUACCAAUUGUUCAAAUACCAAGUUACAUAAUUUAGGUCCCCACCCACCCACAUUCUAGAAUUGAUGGAUUGAUGAUUUUCUUCAUUUCUGCGUUCCAAAAUCUUACUAAUUUCAAUUACAUUUCGGUCAAAAUAAUAAUCCCUUAUACAACAACUGCAAUAUUAAUAACUUCUAUUUGUGUUGACACAUUAAAUUAUUUAUAGAACUACAAUUGAGGCACUCAAACUAUAUCCUUGUUCCUCCUGCGUGUGGCAAUUAUUCCGUCUGUGGUGUUUCUUCCUGUCCUUGCAAGAUGUUAUGUCUAUCUUUUCCCAGUUGUUGCUGUUCUCCAUCAUGCCUUGGACGGAGCUGAUAUCCCAUUGUUUCUCCAUAGGCCUUUGCAAUGUCAAUUUCUUUUUACUCACCAGCAUUCAUAGAUGUUUUUACUGUUGUAUUUAUUGAAUUUCUUAAAUUUAAUAUACAGUGGUACCUUGGAAGUCGAACGGAAUCCGUUCCAAAAGUCCGUUUGACUUCCAAAACAAUUGGAAACCAAAGCGCGGCUUCCGAAUGGCUGCAGGAAGCUCCUGCAGCCAAUCGGAAGCCCUGUCAGACAUUCGGGUUCCAAAGAACGUUUGCAAACCAGAACACUCACUUCUGGGUUUGCGGCGUUCAGGAACCAAAACGUCUGGGGUUCCUCACCCACUGUAGUAGAUAAAUGAACACGUAGCAUGCGUGAACCAACAGCCCUCUGCCUUUGUUCCCAGGUGCCGGUCCUUUUUGACGAGAUGGACGUCCAUUCCCCGGAGGCCGACCACACCUUGCUGGACAGACGGCGGUAUCUCCGCAGGGAGGCCAAGCAGAGGCUGGAGAGGGAAGCCAGCUCACUCGGUAAAGGCUCAUUCUGCCCCCGAGACACCAGCCGGGGGCAUGCGUGUAUUCUGCGUGCUGAAUGUUGCGUCCUGAAAACCUCUGUCGGUCACCACCAUUACUGCUUUGCCUGAUUGCAGCUUUUGGCGGGGUGUGUGUGUGGUGCCACAUCUAUAUGCAGGGCAGGGAAACAGGACCACCGGCAGACGAGGGAGCAGUUUUUGCAUCUUUGCAGGGGGCGGGUGGAGAACUGCGUGCAGCUUUGUAGUUGCGGUACAUGUGGAUAUUUCUGAGCUGAAGAAAACACAGAGCGCUGCCUUGUACCAGAUCUGACCAGGGACCUACCUACCCGAGCUCUCUCUUAGGGCCACAUGACAGGGGGGCGCCGGGCAGGGGCAAAAGUGGGUGAAGAAACAGAUGUAACUCUUAACUUUUGUAAUGUAGACUUACAUUCCAGCAAGAAACACCCCCUAAAAGAGAUUUCCCUUUCUCUACACACACCGUUCUCUCCAUCCGGUCAAGCAAAAAGGAGUGAUUUCACUCUCAGGCAACAUUUGAUCCAUGCAGAAUGACUCCUAAGAGGGCCAGAGCAAGACCCCUGAGGGCAUGGUCUGGGAAGAAGGGGUGUGCCUUAGGGAGGCUCCUGAGGGCCAGGUCAAUAUGUCUGCAGGGCCACUUUUGGACUCUGGGCUUGAGCCUCCUCAACUUUGCCUUAGAUCAAGGCAGUCCAACAUGUGGCCCUUGAGGCCUCAUUUGGCGGCCCUCGGCAACAUUUGAAGCCCUCAAGCUACCUUGCCAAAGGCAGGUAGGGGAAGCCCGGGGCUUGGGAAGGAGGUGUGAGGGCUCUGACAGGGUCCUAGAGUCCUCUUGCCUCCCUCCCAAAGCCUAGCUAGCGCUUUUUCAGUUUAUCCGGCUUUGUGAAUGCAGCAUGAGGGCUGUGGUGCGGGGCUCAAAUUUUGGCCUCGGUUCCCUGCCAACAUGAGCGACAAGGUAGUUCCGUGUCAAGGUACUCUUGCAGCCCGCUUGGUAUAGAAAAUUGGACCUCCCUCUGCCUUAAAGGUAAAGGUAAAGGGACCCCUGACCAUUAGGUCCAGUCGUGACACUCUGGGGUUGCAGCGCUCAUCUCGCUUUACUGGCCGAGGGAGCUGGCAUACAGCUUCCGGGUCAUGUGGCCAGCAUGACUAAGCCGCAUCUGGUGAAUCAGAGCAGCGCACAGAAACGCUGUUUACCUUUCCGCAGGAACAGUACCUAUUUAUCUACUUACACUUUGACGUGCUUUUGAACUGCUAGGUGGGCAGGAGCAGGGACUGAGCAACGGGAGCUCACCCCGUCGCAGGGAUUUGAACCGCCAACCUUCUGGUUGGCAAGUCCUAGGCUCUGUGGUUUAACCCACAGCACCACCCGCGUCCCCCCCUCUGCCUUAGUUGAACUAAAAAGAGAGUGCUGAGGUUCACCCUCUCCCACUUCCCUGUUGGCAACAGCUGGCUCUGCCCUGCCGAUGCCACAUUUCCCGAAGAUGAGCCGCCGUGGCACCAACUGGUCGUACGCCGAGGUGAUUGAUCUCCUGGAUAUCUGGGGGGAGCAGAGGAUCCAGCAGGUCCUUCAGAGCAGCCACCGGAACAUGGACACCUUCCAGGUCAUUGCCAACGAGAUGGCCAAGAGGGGCCACGAGCGGACAGCGCAGGAGUGCCGCACCAAGACCAAGACGAUGCGCCGGGACUACAAGAAGGUCAAAGAGAACAACUGCUCGGGGACAAGGCGCCUCACCUGCCCCUUUUACGACCAGCUGGAGCAGAUUCUGGAUUCCGGAGCGCCACAACCCGCAGGGCAGUCCCAGAGUUACGGACACCAGGAGGAAUCGGGGGGAGAUGAUGGUCCCCUGCGUGGCCUGGAGGAGGGGGGCCCCCACGAGUCUGAGGACUACCACGAGCCCCAGGACUUCUUCGACCCCUCUGCCCAGUUCUCCAUCGAACUCGUCGAUUCGGUGGAUUCCACCACCGUGGUGUGCAAAACAGAGGACGACUCUGAGGAGCCGAUAAGCACCCCUCGGCUGGCCACGGGUAAGUGCCCCCAUUUUUUGUGGUUAUUUAUCAAGACGAGAGGUCAGGUUUCACUUCCCUUCUGUCCCCUCCUCCCUCCCUCUCUCUUUACAAAGAGGAAUAAUUGGGUGUGCAAUGUGGUGACACGAUAGAAGUAUGUGGAUAGAGAGAAGUUUUUCUCCCUCUCUCAUCACACGGGAACCCAGAGGGAAACAUCCAGUGAAGCAGAAUGCUUGGGGUGCUCAGGAGAAACAGAAGAAAGUCCUUCUUUAAAUAACAAUGAUAAUAAUAUAUUAUUUUUAUACCCCGCCCAUCUGGCUGGGUUUCCCUAGCCACUCUGGGCUGCUCCCAACAGAAUAUUAAAAACACAACAAAACAUCAAACAUUAAGAACUUCCCUAAACAGGGCUGCCUUCAGAUGUCUUCUAAAAGUCAGAUCGUUUUUUAUUUCCUUGACAUCUGAUGGGAGGGCGUUCCACAGGGUGGCUGCCACUACCGAGAAGGCCCUCUGCUUGGUUGCAUGUAACCUCACAUCUUGCAGGGAGGGAAUUGCCAGAAAACCCUCGGAACCGGACCUCAGUGUCCGGUCUGAACGAUGGGGUGGAGACGCUCCUUCAGGUAUACUGGGCCAAGGCUGUUUAGGGCUUUAAAGGUCAGCAACAACACUUUGAAUUGUGCUCGGAAACGUAUUGGGAGCCAAUGUAGGUCUUUCAGGACCGGUGUUAUGUGGUCUCGGCAGCUGCUCCCAGUCACCAGUCUAGCUGCCGCAUUCUGGAUUAGUUGUAGUUUCCGGGUCACCUUCAAAGGUAGCCCAACAUAGAGCGCAUUGCAGUAGUCCAAGCAGGAGAUAACCAGAGCAUGCACCACUCUGGCGAGACAGUCUGCGGGCAGAUAGCGUCUCAGCCUGCAAACCAGAUGGAGCUGGUAAACAGCUGCCCUGGACAUAGAAUUAACCUGUGCCUCCAUGGACAGCUGUGAGUCCAAAAUGACUCCCAGGCUGCUCACCUGGUCCUUCAGGGGCAGUUUCCCCGCUUAGGACCAGGGAGUCCCCCACACCUGCCCGUCCCCUGUCCCCUAAAAACAGUACCCCUGCCGUGUCAGGAUUCAGCCUCAAUCUGUUAGCCGCCAUCCACCCUCCAACUGCCUCCAGACAAUCACACGGGACAUUCACGGCCUUCACUGGUUCUGAUUUAAAAGAGAGGUAGAGCUGGGUAUCAUCCCUCUUUACAGUUAAACUGUGGAAUUUGCUCCCACGAGAGGCAGCAAUGGCCGCCAUCUUGGAUGGCUUUAAGAGACAAACUCAUGAAGGAGAAUAAGGCUGGCUGCUACCCCUGAUGGUUGUGUUCUGCCACCACUGUCGGAGGCAGUGCGUCUCUAAAUACCAGUUGCCAGAAACUGCAGAAGGGGAGAGAGUGCACUGCUGCAAACAGGUACUUCUUCUGGACUCCCCAUCUUGUCAGCCAUGUUAAGAGAAGGAUGCUGAACUGGGUGGGCCAUUGACUCUUCUUAUAUCCUUAUCUCUGAAGUCUUCUUUGUGGUUUCGUUCUGGCCUUCUGCUUUAGUUUUAGCUUAUGAGCCAGUUUCCCAGUUUGUACUUUCCUCCUCCUGUGGGAAACCCAGCCUUGAGCUAAUUUGAGAGGACGCAGAAUUUUCAGGUCGAUAAGAUCAGCAAAUCCUCUAGCUCUUCCUCCUGCUGUUUGGCCCAGCGCUCCAUGCAUGACCUGGUUAGCCCAGCGUUGCCGUCAUCUAAAUCCUGUGUUUGGCAUAUUAAAAUUAAAUCCAGCCAUUCUGCAGCUGCUUGUCUCGGGGAAUUAUCUCUCCCCCACCCCAGCAGUUGCUCACCGCUGUUUUAAGCCACCUAAGUUUAGCGGCUGUCAUGGGCUGGCCGGACGCAGAGGAACGGUAGGCAGAACCAGCUGGGGAACCCACAGGGGAAGAAGGUUCAGAGCCCAGGGAGUGGUGGUGGGAUGACAAUGAGGGAGAAGAGGGAGAAGACUGUGUUGGAAGCCAAAGAGGUAACAGGGCUUAGUGAGCGGGGACAGUCUGUGGCAGAGAGAAGUCUAGACUCAAGCAGAAGUUGAAGCAGGAGAGGAGGAAGGCCAAGAGGCAGAGAUGGGUCAGGUGUCUCCCCCUCCUGCUGCAAGAAGCUCCCCUCUGAUUCCCAGAACCAGGAGAGACAUGAAAAGGGCGGAGGGAGAAGUAAGCUUCACGCAGGCUUGCUUGAUUCUCAGAUUUGUCAGAUUUGCUUGAUUUCUCAGAUUGCUUAGGUAAAACCCUGGAGAGGAGGGGAGGCAGGGACCUUCAAUCUCAGCAACUGCUUCAUGGGCCAACACCUGCCGGAGAUGAGUUGCUGUACUCAUUAGGCCUGACACUCCUGUUUUUGCUAAUCAAGAAUUAAUUCCAUCUUGUUUGGUGUGAUUUACUGCUGUCCGUGGCCUUUGCUAAGGCUAUCAGCAGCCUCAGCAUUGCCUCAAAGCAACUCAUGCAGUUAAAAAAAAGAAAUAGCGAAAGCAUUAUAAUCAGACAUAAAAACGGCAGUAAACAAGAGCUAAAAUUGUCAUCUGACAAAAUGCUUAAAAGGACUAAGUCCUACCCAUGCUGCUUAAAGGAUGAGCGGAACAAAGGCCACUGACAUAUCUGAUGGGGGAAAUAAGAAUGCCUUUGCCUGUUGACUGAAAACAGACAGCAGUGGUGCCAGGUGAGCUUCCGUGGGGAGAGCAUUCCACAAACGAGGAGCCACCACUGAAAAGGCCGUUCCCAUGUCAACACGUUCCACACAUCCCUCAGUGGCAGGGGAACACACAGAGCCUCUGAUGGUGAACGCAAGGUCUGAGUUGGUUCGGGUGGAAAGAGGCGGUAUAUUGCGAUGCAAAAUUAUAUUCAAUGCCCUUCCCUUUGUUUUUUAGAAGCCGAUCAUUUGCUCAGCCCCUUGCCACCUGCCCCGCCCAGUCUCCCUGGCAGCCCAGCCACCACUGGCUCCACAGCAGGUAAGAGGGAAUGCGGAAUGAAUUUCGUAUGCCGAAUGGUGAUGUUUAAUGAAUGAAUUCAGAGUGCUGAAUGAAUUCUGCAGAGCCACAGGGAGUUGGAUGGGACCUUAGAGGUCGCCUGGUCUUUUCCAGGAAGUUGGCAUGUUGACUACUUUAAAAAUCCACAUCCAGAGAGUGGGUUUAAUAUUAGCAGGGUCGGGGAAGCUGUGGCCUUCCAGAUGUUCCUGGACUACAACUCCCAUCAUCCCCGGCCUCUGAGGGUGGUGAGAGUUGGCGCAACAUCUGGGAGGGCCACAGGCUCCCCAUCCCAGCUCCUUCAAGCGAUGCUCAUAAGCUUGACCGUCCCCUUCCCAGAAUCCCUUGCAGCCUUUCAAAAUGCCCUCACUCUGCUUUUGUGUUUCUCCCCCUCCCCGCUUCCCAAAUUGCUCCCAGACGUGCACCCGACCCCUUGCCACAGCCCCUUGCCUGGGCCGACGGGCCUCUCAGCUGCCGAACGCCUCGCCAACAUCCGGAACCGGCACAAGAAGACCAGGAACGAUUUGGCCGCGGAGCUGGCGAUGGCAGCAGACCUGCGGAUGCAGGCGGCUACUGACAGGAUCCUUUCCGCCCUCGACGGCUACGCCAAAGCAGACCUGGAGGACCGCGAGAAGGACAGGGUGGGCACGGAGCAGAUCAUUGCCAUCAUGCAACGGCAGACAGAACUUCUGGAGCUGCUCAUAUGGCAGCGGCAGUCAUCCGCUCCGGCGGCCGUGUCCACUGCCCCCUCACGCCAAGCAUGGCCGCCACGGACGGCCCAAUCCAGCCACCGGCCUGCAGGCCCUUCUUCCUCCCGCCUGGGCGUCCCCAGGCGGCCUUUGACACCCAGGGCCCGUACCAGGAGAAGGCCUCAGAACUACAGCCCUUGACUCUCGCCUUUUGCAAUCCCCUACAAGAGCUUGUGGUUGUCAGCUUGCCGUGUUUCAUUCUUUACUUCGGUUAACCUCUUGGGAGUUGUUUUCUCUUCCACACACACCCCAUGCUUUCCCAUUAGGGUUAAAAAGAGAGCGCUGUCAACAAACCGAAGGCUUCGUCCUAACAGCCGUUUGUUCUGCCAUUGCCGAAAGCUAACAAAAACCCUAUUUUUAAAAAUAAAGUAUUUUCUUUCUUUUUUAAUAAACUUCGAGCCCCGGCAUCAAGUUAAAAAAGAAAGAAGGCAAAAAGUGAACCAGUUGGCUGCUGUUUCUGGUGGG